UGUGCUUGAUCGUCCGCACGGCUGUACGGAAUAUUUACUCCGUUAGUCACUUCUUAACCCAUAACGUCGCAACCUCUGUUGUUCUGUCGGCUCCCUCUCCGGUCCUCGCUCACCCGCGAACGUACCCGAAACUCUCUUCGACUGAGAAGCGAGGAACUCGCACGGGAGCUUGCUGAAGAAGGCAUCGAUGAAUCCAGCGGAGUCCGGUGGAGCAAGGUAUCUGCGAAGAGAGCUUGCUGCACUAGGCGUCGAUGGAUCCAGUGGGGCGUGACGAAGAGGAAGCUGCCACUGGAGCUCGGCUUGUAUGAAAGAGAAGAGGAGCCCUUGAGACAUGGGAUUUAAGUUAAGUCCUCCUCGGACUAUGCUACCACACAGGCCUUCCUUUUUUUCUUCCCUAUCUCUGGCGACAUUUGAAUGCUGGCAUACGCUUCUCUCUCUACAGUUUCUCUCUUUCUCACUGUCCCUCCAUCUCCGACACUGUCACUGUCUCUCUCCUUUGCUUUAAUUUUUCACUCACUUGUUUUUUCUGUUUCCAAUGGGCUCCUCCCUACUGCUCUCUCACUGACGCUACCUCUCUCUCUCUCUCAAAAAAAGAGGGUAAACGAUGAAAGAAUCGUUAUUGUGUGUGACCUCUUCGUUAUUUCUCUUCGACAAGAUAUCAACACCAUGUUAUGCGCGCAAGGAAAAGGAAAGAGAACCUUGAACGUGCUUUGGAACAUGAAGCUGCUGGUAACUCUAGUGCUGCCUUUGAUUGUUACCAAAAAGCAGUGGAUAUAUCACCUUCUAUUGCUUUUGAGCUGAUUCAGGUGCUAAAGCAGGAAAAUGUUGAUUUUGUUGUUGCGCCGUAUGAAGCUGAUGCUCAAAUGACAUUUUUAUCCAUGUACAAUCAUGUUGAUGCUGUCAUUACUGAGGACUCUGAUCUGAUACCAUUUGGUUGCUCGAGAAUCAUCUUUAAAAUGGACAAGUUUGGUCAGGGUGUUGAAUUUCGGAGCUCAUUGUUUGAGCAGAAUAGAGAUCUUGAUCUUACCGGGUUCACUAAACAGAUGAUACUUGAAAUGUGUAUUUUUAGUGGUUGUGAUUAUCUGCCAUCUCUGCCUGGUAUGGGACUGAAAAGGGCUCAUGCGCUCGUCCGAAAAUAUAAAAGCUAUGAGAAGGUGACCAAACACUUAAGGUACAGUGGUGUCUCUGUCCCACCUGUUUAUGAAGGAUCUUUUAAGAAGGCAGUUUGGGCAUUUCAGCAUCAGAGAGUAUAUAAUCCUGAAAAGGAAUGCAUAAUGCAUCUAUCAGAUGUCCCUCAGGACAUAGGAGAAGACCUGGACUUUUUGGGGCCUUGGUUGCCUCCAGAUGUCGUGAAAGGUAUAGCGAAAGGAGAUCUUGAUCCAUUGACAAAAGGACCAUUCCAGGUGGAAACAGAAAGCUCAACGUUGGCUGCUGAUAAGGCAUUCCCGAUGAAAAAUUCUGAGACGAUAGACAGAAUAAAAAAACUAGAGCUACCCGUACAGAAAAAUAUUUUGACUAAUUAUUUCUGCUUGGCUUCUAUUCAAGCUAAGCGGAAAUUCAUGGCCCCAAAAUUUACUCCCAAGCUCCUAAUGGAACCUUCUUCUCCAAGAUCUAGUAGUCCUGAUUCUGAUUCUCGGGGUUCAGAUGAAGCGCCUCUUUUUUCUGCAACAGGCCAAUCUCAGGACUCCCAGCAUAAGUCAGGAUGCUCAAAUAAUAAACUUCCAGUAAUUACUUCUGUGGAGGAUGGAUUGCCCAAUAAAUGCAAUAGCUUUUUGGGAUUACCAUUGAAUGGAAGAUCUGUUAAUAAAAGAUGCCCCAGUCCAUUUCUAGAAUCGUAUCAAGCUGCUGUCAACCCAAAAUCACAUGAAGUUCAUGAAACGGAGCUAAAACACACCACUCUAGAAAUAAAAUCAAUGAAUAGAAAUUUAAGAACGAGCCGUUUUUUCAGUAAUAACUCAUUACUUGAAGUUGCUUCUAGGGAGCAAAUUAAAGUUUCAUCUAAGAACAAAGAAGAUGGCACUACUGUUGUUUUGCAUGAUCCUAUGGUAUCUUUGGGUGAACCAAUUCAGAAUUUUCAGGAAACUUCAAAAAAGAAAAGAAAGACAAUUCAUCUUUUCGACAAAAAUGAGCGGGAAACUCUUCCACCUGGAACUGUAAAGUCAAAUCCAGUCCUUGCGGAUGAAGAUAACGAAGAUGAGAACAGAAACGGCUUCGGCCGUGACAUUUCUCAUGUAAAUGACUACUGCGGCAUAGCGGAGAAAUCUAUGGAGAGGUUUGUUUCACUCAUAAAUUCUUUUAGGUACAAUCCAUCAGGUUCGCGUGCCAGCGGUCUUCGUCCUCCUCUAAAGGAUGUAAGGAAUACGUGUUCCAUGAGGUCGAACAAUGCUCCUGUUGAUUUCAGUAAAUUUGCAUAUAAACCAAGAAAAAAUACUGCUCGUAUUGUCUCAUCGAAGUCCAAGUUUGAUUGAUAUCAUCAAAAUUGUUUUUUGUUUUAAUUUCUUGAACCCUUUUCAUGUGGAGUUAAUAUGAGCU